AUGUACGCCGCGAAAUCCCACCUCCACCGCCUCCAAUUCAAUGUCCGCAGCUGCCGGAGGCUCUUCUCUUCGCAGUCGCAGACCCCUCUCGAGUCCGCCGGCCCCAUGGCGUGCCUUCUCAAGACCCGAUCCGUGAUCCGCUUCAGGGGACCCGAGACCAUCAAGUUCCUCCAGGGUCUUGUAACCAACGACGUGAGGAUUCUAGACAACCCGGAAACCGAUGUCGAGAGCAGCAAGACGCCCAACUUGUCGGGGCUUGUGGUUCCUCCGGUGUACGCCGCAAUGCUGACUCCCCAGGGGAGGUUUCUAUACGAUUUCUUUCUUUACAGGCCGCCCUGUUCGGAUGAGAAGCUCGACCGGACGGGUUCUGGGCCGGGGCCCGACUCGGGUGAGCUCGAGAUUUUCGCCGAUGUUGAUGGGUCUGUCAUGGAUGAGCUCUUGGCAACUCUGAAAAGAUACCGUUUGAGAUCUAAGGUUGAGAUUGAGAAUGCGGCACAAGAUUUCUCUUGCUGGCAAAGGUUUGGUAGGAACUUAGCAAGUGAAUCUUCAUCAUUGGAAGACUCAGAAGCAAAUUCCAUUGGCUAUGGCGGUACUGUUGAUGGUUCUGGUAUAUCGUCUUCACGAGGAAAUAAUCGUGGUUGGCAAUGGAAUAAGGACCCAAGGAUGUCUUGUCUUGGAUUUCGAGGCAUCUUUCCAUCCAAUGAUACACCUCCACUCGUUGAGGUGGAUAAAGAAACUGAUGAAGGAAAUUAUCUUCUUUGGAGGUUAGAGAAGGGAGUUGCUGAAGGCUCAGCUGAGAUCCCAAAAGGUGAGGCGAUACCCCUAGAAUACAAUCUUGCUGGUCUCAAUGCGAUUAGCUUUGAUAAAGGAUGUUACAUUGGCCAAGAACUCAUUGCUCGUACACAUCACCGUGGAGUAAUACGAAAACGACUAAUCCCUUUGAGAUUUUUGGAUGAUAGUGGAAAAGAGAUUGAACAAAAAGUAUCACCUGGUUCUGAAGUGAUUGACACGGCCUCCCAAAAGAAAGCUGGGACGGUCACAACUGCACUUGGAUCUCGUGGUUUGGGCCUUCUCCGCUUGGAUGAGGCUUUCAAAGGAUUGGGCUCAUUAAUCAUAAAAGGCCAGGAAGAUAUCAAAGUAGAGACCAUUAGGCCAAAAUGGUGGCCUCCUGAGUGGGUGUAA